AUGGCAACUCUAACCACUCUUCUAGUAACUUUGUACUUUCUAGUACCUGCCUUAGCUUCAACACCGAAUAGAGAUUCAACAAAGGAGUUCAACGCUCUCUCUCCUAUUUCAAGCUAUAUCAACAAAACUCCUGAGGAUGUUGUCAUCAUGAACACAAUAGACUCAUGUUGGCGAGCCAAAACAAAUUGGGCUUCAAACCGCAAAGCCUUGGCAGAUUGUGCAAUUGGCUUUGGCAAAGAAGCCAUUGGAGGAAAGUUUGGUGAUAUAUACGAAGUCACUGACCCUUCUGAUGACCCUGUGGACCCAAAACCAGGCACACUCCGUUAUGGUGCAAUCCAAACAGAACCCCUUUGGAUAACCUUCGCCAAGGACAUGGAUAUUAGGCUCAAGAACGAGCUUAUGGUGAAUAGCUACAAGACCAUUGAUGGGAGAGGAGCCAAAGUGGAGAUUGCAAAUGGGGCUUGCAUUACGAUACAAGGUGUUAGCCAUGUCAUAGUGCAUGGAAUUAGUAUUCAUGAUUGUGAACCGGGAAAGGGUGGCAUGGUGAGGAGUAGUCCUGAGCAUGUUGGGUAUCGUGAAGGGUCUGAUGGAGAUGCCAUUAGCAUAUUUGCUUCCUCUAAUGUAUGGAUUGACCAUUGCUUUUUGGCUCGUUGCACCGAUGGUCUCAUUGAUGUUAUUCAUGCCUCAACUGCUGUCACCAUCUCUAACAAUUACUUCACCCAGCACGACAAAGUGAUGCUGCUAGGACACAGCGAUGAAUACACCGCGGAUAAAGUAAUGAGGGUAACAGUAGCUUUCAACCGCUUUGCCAGUGGCUUAAUAGAAAGAAUGCCAAGGGUGAGAUUUGGUUAUGCCCAUGUAGUCAACAACCUGUAUGACGAGUGGCUCAUGUAUGCCAUUGGUGGCAGUGCCGACCCUACCAUUUUUAGUGAAGGGAACUAUUUUACGGCUUCAAAUGAUUCUGCUGCAAAACAGGUUACCAAGAGGGAAAGUAGUGAAAAGUGGAACAAUUGGAAAUGGAGGAGUUUUCGGGAUGAAUUUAUAAACGGUGCUUAUUUUGUGCCAUCUGGGUAUGGAAGUUGCACGCCAAUAUAUUCAGCUGCUCAAAGUUUUAUCGCGGCCCAGGCAUCUAUGGUGCCCUUAUUAACUCUCAAUGCUGGGCCACUCAAUUGUGUUGUUGACAAAGCUUGUUAAGUUGGUCCAACAUUUUCAUCUCUUUUUUUUUAUUAUUUUUGUUUUAAGAUUUUGUGUCAAUGGAAUCUCGUUCGGAAGACAUGCAAGUACUGAAAGUUAUGUGUGCAGAAAAAAGAAUUCCAUGCAACCCAUUUUCGCAGUCCUUUAUAUAUGCCAGAAAGUGAAUUAUCGUUGCAUGCCCAGAAGAGUGCAUCUUGCUUUUCUACUAUAUAUGACUAUGA